AUGGAAUCUGUUUCAGUUCCACGUUUGUUCUUCCUCCUACCUCUAGCUUUGUCCCUCAGCCUCUUAAACCCAUUCCAAGCAAAGGCUGUUGACAUUAUUGCCCACACCUGCGACCACUCAGUGUUCAGGGACCUUUGUCUCACUACCCUGCGCUCCAACUUGAAUAGUAAGAAUGCAGACCUGAAGGGGCUAGGAGUGAUCUCAAUCCAGAACACAAUGGCCACAGCAACCAAUGUAUCCAGUCAGAUUUCUGCUCUCCUCAAUGUCACCAUUGAUGACCCCUUCAUUCAGCAAUGUCUAUCAGAUUGUAGUCAGAGCUAUGUGGAAGCCAUUGAUCAGCUGGUGAACAGCCUCGCAUCUUUGGAGAUCAAAAACUACAAUGAUGUUAACAAAGCUCUGUCAGCUUCAAUGACGGCCGUGGAGCUGUGCCAAGAUAGUUUCAGUGCUGAGCCUGGUCAUGUCCCAUUGCUUAGAGACAGUAAUACCAAAUUCACCCAGUUAUGUAGUAAUGCUUUAUCCAUCACCAACCAAUUGGCUGGUUCUCCUACUCCUCUUUAA